CAAACGAGUCAUUUCAAGUUCAACAAGAACCGAGUGAAUUGGAACCGAUUCCUGAUGGCGGAAGAAGAGGGUGAAGCAGCAGUGAGAUUGACAGUACUUAAUGGAGAAGAGUUAAAAGAUAUGAGAUUUCUAGGAAAGGUAAUUGGAUCCGCUGUUCUUCCUCUUUGUCAGAUUCAGUUCACAGAUGAGGUUUUCACAUUGCAGGUUUGGAGACCAUCUGGUAGAGCUAAAGGUUUGCUGAAAGUAGCAUGUAGGAUCGAAUACAAUGAUGGUCUGAAUCUAGGGUUUUAUUCAAAUUCUUCUAGUGAGAGUGCUGGUGUUGAAGUAAAUUCAAGUCAACGAGAGUCAACCCAGGGUUUCAGUUACAGUGAUCAUGGUUAUUGUACAUCUAGUUCUGGUAGUAAUGUAAUCCCAUCUGCACCACCAAUGCCAGAUGAUUAUUCAUCUAGUAGUAGUGGUAGUAGCAGUGUUUCGGUAUUGAUGCCAAGUCCUGAUAGUUGGCCACCAAUGCCUGAUAAUGACGAUCCAUUGAUUGUCAAGAAUGAUGAUCCGGACAUUGACAAAAAUGAGCAAUUGAUACCAAGUGAUGUUGCUGUUGAUUCAUCGAUCAAAUCGAAUGUAAUGGCGGGUGUUUUGGUUGGAGUUCUUGGGGGAGCUGUUGCUGUUGCUACUCUUUUGAUUAGGGCUAAAGCUAAUACUUGAGAGGAGAGGAGAGGAGAAACAGUUUAUAAUUAGUGUGUACUGUUCAGAUUGUAGUUAGUUUUGAAUGAUGGAAACAAUAUGAGAAAUUCUUAUGGUAAUAGACAACUCUGGUUCAAUAGUCU